AUGCAGGCAUUUUGCUUAGAAGUCAAGUUUUUACAAGAUCUUGCAAAUUUUAGGAUAUGUCUUAACCUCAUAUUGUGGUAUAAUGUCUUUCUUCAUAUUAAACCUAGUCUCACUGAAGUUGUUAAAAUUGUGAGAGAAUAUGUUAUAGCCAUACAGUUGAGUAUUUCACCUGAAGAAGAUGAACCUUUCGUAAUAGAUUAUGAAGAGACUAAAAAGGAUAAGGUUGAAACUUGGAAAAGGGUGAAGAGAAUGAUAACGAACAAAGAGAUAUUAUCAAAGUUAAAUGCUCAAAAUUAUUCUGGACCAAACUACCUGCUUAAAGAUUGCAUGGAGUUGGAACAAUAA